AUGUCCGCUCCAGCAGCUCCACCCCAAUACAAAGUCGACGUCCAAAAAGCCGUCGGCUACCAGCCCGCCCCUCAAAAGGUCGUCUACACCUCCCGCGACCUUAUGCUCUACGCCCUUUCCAUUGGCGUCAAACAAGACGAACUCAGUUACCUCUACGAGAACGACCCCCGAUUCGCUGCCUUCCCCACCUACCCCCUUGUCCUCGGCCUCAAGAAGGAUACCCAUGGUGUUUCCGUCUACGGCGGUGGUGGGAAGGAGGAUGUGCCCGGUAUCCCUGCGUUUGACCCUAACAAGUUGGUCCAUGGUGACCAGUCGAUUGAGAUCUUUCGAGCUUUGCCCUUGGGUGGAGAGUUUGAGUUGCAUACGACUGUUUCUGGGGUCUAUGAUAAGGGCAAGGGGAUGGUGAUUGAGAGGACGACAAAGAUGAUCGACCCCAAGGAGCCCAACAAGCCCUAUUCUUCCAUGAAGGGUUCGGCUUUUGUCCGUGGUUAUGGUGGUUGGGGUGGUCCCAAGGGUCCCAAGCAGGACUCUUAUGAACCUCCCAAGGACAAGGCUCCCGAUGCCGAGUACGAAGACAAGACUAACGACGAUCUCGCCAUCCUCUACCGCCUCUCUGGCGACUACAACCCAUUGCACAUUGACCCCAAGAUCGCCCCCCUCGUCGGGUUCAAAAAGCCCAUCCUCCACGGCCUCUGCACCUACGGCCACGCCGCGCACGCUGUCGUCAAGACCUUUGGCAACUCGGACGCAAACGCCCUUAAAUCCAUCACCGGUCGCUUCACCGCCCCUGUCUACCCAGGCGACACCCUCGUCACAAAGAUGUGGAAAGUCCCUGUUGAGGGCAAGGAUCAGGAAAAGGUCAUCUUCCAGGUCGUCGCCAAGGAACGCAACCAGAUCGUCAUCAACGGUGGGUGCGCUAUCCUCUGGGCCAACAACAAGGCUCCCCAAAGCAAGCUCUAA